GUUUUGUUGUAGGAACCAUGUUUUUUUGUUCCGGUUCCUUAGUCGGACACAUUAAGAUGUUGCACUGCUCAGUUUUAUGAUGUACACUGUAUAGUGGUGUAUGUAGUUCAGGUUUCAAUACAGAUUGUACAUUGCUUUCCAAGCAACUUCCCUUCGAAGAGACAUGCCUGGGAUUGGGUAUGGGCAGGAGUUUAGCUGAGAGCUGGCAGCGCUAAGUUGGCAUUGGAAUGGCGCUAAACGCAUCGCUGGAUGAGUUCCGCAGCAGCUGGAUAAAUGAGAUCCAUGGGGCUUCUACAUCAGCGGAACGUUCGGGCACCCGAAAACGGAGGCGGUCGGGACAGUCGCCAGAGCCUGAAAAACAACAUAAUGAGGGUGAGGCCUGGCGAUAUCUCCCGGGCUCUCCCGAACGGAGCAGCGCAGAGGAACAGGGUAACCAGUACGUGGAACUGGCGGAGAGGCUGCUGGGAGACCAGGGCAGCGCUACAGAAAGCGCACAAAGGCCGAGCGCUGGGCCGGCGCAGGAAGAGAGAGCUCGGAGUCUGGUGGAUCAGCUCAUUGAUGACCUUAAUGACAUCAAUGAGAUCCCAUUUUUUGACAUACAACUUCCGUAUGAAAUCGCUUUGCAGAUAUUCAAAUACUUGGAUAGAAAAGAACUUGGAAGAUGUGCACAGGUGAGCAAGGCUUGGAGAGUGCUUGCAGAAGAUGAGUUACUGUGGUACCGGAUAGGCCGAUCAGAAGGGUACCUUACUGAAAGCAACCUUACAGCUGGCACCUCUUGGAAGGAAGUGCUAAAACAAAGGCGCAACAAUGAGAGUAUGCUAAGGACAAACUGGAAGCCACACAGUGCUGAUUCACUGCCUGCAGAUAAUCGCAGGAAAAUAAUAAGACUCUACACUCCAAUCAGCUUUCAAUGUGCCUGCACCCGGAGCCACUUCACUGACGAGGUGCAGGCACAUGGAGAGGAUUUUGGCACUGAAACAAGAAACCGCACGGGUGCUGUGAGCCAACUGCACUAUGAACUGGGGAAGGUCCUCUGUGAUGUUCAUUCCUACGAUGGAGUUGUCAUUGCUGGGUAUACGUCAGGAGAUGUCCGGCUCUGGGAUACCCGUGUCUCAUGCUUUGAUGCACCUUAUCUGAAGGUUACCCGGGACCCAUUUGAUCUGACACAACACCCAUCUGUUUCCUUUGUGAAAAUAAAUAGAUCCCUGGCUGUUGCUGUCUAUGAAGAUGGUACCGUUGAUGUUUGGAGCCUGCAGGCUGGCCAGGAACCUAUUCAUCAUUAUCAGCACAAUCAGAAAAUACAAACGCUAGCCCUUUGCCCAGAAUCUGCUGCUAUAGCAACCGCAUCAGGAUUUCAGAUCAAAGUAGAGUGCCCUGAUGAGAGAGGGUAUUGGCGCAGCACCUGCCACUUCCAGACCCAGAAGCUGGUGAAUUUCCUUCAUCUGAUUCAUGGCUCUGGAGGACACCCUUUGGCCAUAGCCGCUGCCGAGGAAAUGGUUUACCUUUUGAGGCCAGAAGAACCUGAAAAAGUUCUGCACUCAACAUACGGCCAUCCAGUGACCUGCUUGGAUGUCUCUCCUACUCAUGCAGCAUUUGGUGUUAAAAGCUUCGGCUGGUUCUCUAAUCAUGGCAACAAGAUUCAUGUAUAUAACCUGCAAACUGGCCAGUGUCUUACUACUCUGGGCAACUCAACUGGUGACUUUAGCUGCAUCAAUCUUCAGGACAGCCCUCCGAACUUUUUGGUGACUGGAAACAGGGAUAGGAGAGUCCGCGUGUAUGACAUGCGAUGCAGCACAUCCCUCUGUUCCUUCUAUGGGCACCAUCUUGGGGUCUCAGCGGUGCGAAUGGACGACUGGAAGAUAGUGUCCGGAGGAGUAGAGGGGCUCACCUGUGUCUGGGACCAAAGAAUGGGCACCAAACUGUGGGAGAUGCACACUCGGCACCCUGUGCGCUAUGUCUGGUUCAACUCACACAGCUUAAUCACUGCCAACAUUCCUGACGAUAAGAGCCCCCGGGGGGCCAGCAUCAUGGACGAUGAUCUUACAGCCCACCGCAGGCAUCGAGGCACAAUUAAUGUGUACGACUUUUUAAUGGAUCAAAGGCCAACCGAGGGCAUCCUUCCAAUUUGUACCUCUUCUUACAGUGAAGUGACAGGUUACAGUUACAACAUAGGCCUAGCCGUUCCAUACGAUCUGGUGUAAAACGAUGCAGAUCAGACGCGGGCUGCCGGAUAUUUCAGCGUUUCCAGAGUUAAUUUCGUGAAUAGUAGCACAGUGCUGGCUGUAUUAUUUAAUUGUAAAUAGAUUUGCUUGUCAUUUCAUUAUCGGCAGUUUUUUAAAAUUAUUUUUUAUUUGUAAAUAAUGUGUUUUUACAAUUUAUUCCAAUGACAUGCACCAAUGUACCGGACUUCAUCAGGAAUCAUUUUCUGUCCUUGGAAGCUGUUUCUUUGUGAUUCAAGGUGUAUGAAGAUCUUUAUAAAGAAGUAGAAGCAAGUAAAGGAAGAAAUGUUCCCAAGUUGAAGACUUAUGAUAAAAGACUAAAAAGUGCCUUGCCACACACACACAGUAUCUGAUACAUGUUUAUAUUAUGUGUGUGGCCACUGUAUGCUUUUAUGGUCUCAUUUAUCUGUUUAUACAAACACCACAAACAUAAUUGUGUCCUUUUCAGUUCAGUAUUAGGCUAAUGCCAGAUGAGGCUGAUUCUAGGCCAGUGUUUAUUUGCAGGCCAAAAAUCAGCCCCUAUGCUGGCAUCAGCCUUUCCCUGCGCUCAGAGCCAGGGUGCAAGCAUAGCGGAUUUUGGUGCUGAAACAUGAGAGUAUGUAUUUCGGAGCCAAAAUCCUCUCCUUGUGCCUGCACCCAGGCACAAUGGCUCAAAGGGCAGGCACAGGGAAAGGCUGAUGCCAAGUGUAGCGGCUGAUACUGAGCCUGCGUUUAUCCACUGACUGAGAAUCAGCCCCGUUAUACACACCCAGUUACCUGAAAGAGCAGACUAUUUGGAAUCCCAUGGUUUAGUAGAAUAAAUAGAAAUGGAUCUUACUGAGAUGUUGCUUUGUUUUAGGUAAUAAUGAGCAGCAUCCUAACUUCUGGUGCUCCAUGAAGAGUGGAGGCUGUAUUUAUGGGCUGAUUUAGGGGAAAGACUGUGCCAACUGUGACUUUUCAUAAAUAUGCCCCUUAGAAGAAGACAGGAAUGUCCUUUAGUCUUGUAACAAAAUAACUAUUGGGGCAUAUUGACAAAAAAAUGGGGCUAAUUUCCAUCAUCCCUAUGGCAAUUAGAAUUAUUUCUGAUGAUUAGCAUAAAAAUCAGUAUACCCGAGUGUUGCCCCAUAGGUAAGUAUUGGAGCAGAGGUCACUGAUUUGCAAAUACAUUUUUUCCUGGACUGUUGAAUAGUGCAAUUAAAUAUUUGUAGCACCACC